AUGUGUGAUGCAAUCAACCCGUCAAAUUUCAGGGAGUUAGAAGCAAAAUAUGAAGGUAUCAAAUCACACCGUACAUUAGCGGAGCCACACAAUGCAUGUCAGUUUCUAGAAGAAAACUUUUUGGAAUCAUUAGAUAGUGUUAUUCUUGCAGGUCUUAAACUCAGUGUCCUUCCACAGUUGAUUUAUUUUGCUUUUAAUAUCGAAACCCUUGAUUUAUCACAUAAUUGUCUUCGAAUCCUUCGUGAGCAUGGAAAACCUUGGCGACGUCUUAGAUACAUGGAUCUGAGUGACAACCAAUUCUUACUCUUGCCUUCAAUUGCUAUGAAACUUUCAACGCUACGCUAUUUGUCUGUCUCAAGCAACAAUCUGGAGUUUAUUCCUCGCGACUGGUCAUCGCUCUACAAUUUGGAAGAACUGGACUUAUCUUACAAUCGCAUUGUAGAUAUUUCACCAUUAGUAAAUAUCCAAUCACUAAAAGUACUGAAUCUGAAUCAGAACAUGAUUUCUGUCCUUCCCUAUGACAUUCACAAGUUGGAAAACCUUCUCAGUUUGAAUUGUCAACAAAAUAGGAUUUACCAUCUGCCAAAUUCUCUAGCACAGAUGAAGAUGCUUGAGGAGUUUGAUGUAUUGGACAAUCCAUUGGUAUUUCCGCCAUUCAACAUUAUUUCGCGAGGGCUCGCCCACAUCCUUGCCUUCCUCUCCAGAAGCGAGCAGAAGCCACAGCUGCACCCACCACCACUGCAACAGCAGCAGUAUGAAGAAGAAGAGGAUUUGGUGGAAGAAGUGGCGGAAGAGACAUCAAGCUCUCUCCAAAAUCCGAUUUCUCCACCCGCCACCCUCCUUCCCUCUCCUACCGCGUCGCGACCCAGUUCUGCUAUGGCCAUGGUAACCUGGCAACAAAUUUACCUACCUACAACGCCCGACAGGACUGAAUCCAGUCAGUCCGAAAGGAAUGUUCUCCGACGAUUGAGCAGCCAGCCGGAAUUCUACAGACACGUUGCCACGGCAUCAGGAGACACUGACGACCCCAGUGUCUCUCCGACUUCACUCUCGGAGGACGGGACCAGUAUUUUUGAGCUGCAUCAAUCGUGCGACUCACAACAAUUGUGGAGGGAAGGACACCACGGGAAAACGUAUUCUUCGUAUCCCGUGAUCUCGCAUAAGCCGCAGGUCUUGUCGCCUAACUGUGGGGAUUGGUCGCAUAAGGUGCUCGCUGAAUACAAAUUAGCCACUUGGCCUGCGCCUCCAACAGUCCUACAUACACAUACACACACACAGCCACCCUCGCGUCCUAGGGUGGCCUCUCACGUGCCGGUAGUUCGCAUCAGCGCAGGCGUUGACUUCGUGUGGGAAAUGAACCAGGAACGAUACAGGCUAUUUACCGAAAUUCCUGACAAACCCCAGCCUCCGCCUCCCAGUGCCCUUCCUUCGUCAAACGCUGGUCGAAGCAAGCUUUACGUUCGGGGGAGAACACCCUCUCCACCUCCGCGGAGACCGCGUCCGUCGGUGUCCCUUUCGAGAUCGCCUGAUGCAAGUAUACCCUGUACUCGACCUCUUCUGCAUCCUCGGCACUCCAUCUCUCCCUUUACACACUCUCCCUACUGUCGUCUGCCCGAUGAGCCGUCUCAGGCGAAGGCGACUGCAAUGGAAUUCACAAGAGUGCCGAUUCAGUCGCGCCAGGCAUCAAAGACCUCUGCGGAAGUGAGUGAGGACUCUGAGGAUGACCUUUUGACGGACUCCUCCUGCGAGGAUCUACCUGUUCCACCCCUUCGAAAUCACCUUCCAUCCAGUGCUACUCCAUCACCAUCCAUCCAACAUCACUCGACACGCCGUCCGGGGCAGUCCAUCGCACCCACCGCUGCGUCUCUACAACAACACCAUCGUUAUCGGAAGCAUGGGCUAGCAACUGGGCCUGUUCAUCCAAAGGCGAAUCCUAGUCUACUUCACCAACAACAACGCGCACCUCAGGCAGGAAGGCGGUCAUACAGAAGCGACCAGCCGAAUGAAGCACUUUCUCCUCCCCACCCGGUGAUGACGCCUUCCCACAAAAUUCUGCGAUCUCCUCAACCUCUCUAUCCUCAGACUCAUCGAUACGAUGAGUUGUGGCGGUCUACUGCUGAAGCUCUUCGUAUGAUUUUGGUUCCUCAUUUGAAUACCAACUUAUCCUCAACACCGUUUGAGUUGGCGAAUGAACUCAAAACGGGGAUUCAUCUCGCCGACUUUCUCAACAACUUUCUUGGCUACAAGGCGAUCAAAAAGAUUUACGAAGUAUCCGGCAGUUCGUGGAGGUUUCGUGCGCGUCAAAACUUAUUCAGCUGCCGAGAGGUAAUCCACAACGUCGGCGUUCCAAAGCAUCGCCUCUUCUCGGUGACCCGAGUACUGGCGGCGGACACGACCGUGGGUCUAUUCGGGUUGCUGCAUUGCCUUCAGACCCUACUGGAGGUGUGGGCUAGCAGGCCAAGCACAUUCAUAGUAGGCGGAUUAGGGGUGCGCGAGAAGCUCUCCAACCAGCCCACAUCUUACCGCUCCCUCCUCGGAGACAUCACCACCAAUCGCCACCUGCAUCACCAGCAGCAGCAGCGCUACCGCCAUCGUACCUUCUCAAAUCCCAACUACGGCGUCGGUGUCAAUGGCUAUGGUGGUGUCUUUUCCGACGUCUGA